AAAACGGAGCCGGCGCUCGCGUGAUACAAGCGACCAAACUGAACCACACCAACACUAUCGCCAUCAUGUAAACUUUCUCUCUAAUAUACCUCCUGGCAUGAAGAAUAAUGACAAGCGGAGACUAAGACGCCAGUCCCCUUCUUUGUAAAUCGUAUGUGUGGCGCAGAAGACUGAAGACAUGCAAGAUACAGGCGUAGUGAUGAAGGAAGGAAGGUGACCCAGAUAGACGCUAAUCUGCAUAAGCAAUGUAAACUAAGUGUUGUGUGUGCAUUAUUAACGUGGUGUUAAUACGUGGCUGCAGAGCUGAAGUGGCGUUAAUAAUGUCAUAUCCAUCGAGAAGAGGAAGAAUUAACAAGCGAUAUUUGGACAAUACCGUAAAACAGAGUUUACCAAGGCAGGGAUAUGGACAACAUGGAGGUUCAAGAGAAGAGUUUAACAUGCAGCCGCAAUCCACAAGAAUCCCACAUUAUGAGGAGGAUCCAUUUUGGGUGGCGAGACAAGAUGAUUCAAAUCGUAACAGAGACCAUCACACGAACUCAAGUUAUAAUUAUCAAGGAAUCCAACAUGAACCAGAGCACGCAACCUUAUCCAAUCAUCGUGGGGGGUGGAGCGGUGGGAGGAAAGCCAAGCAGUCGGGAAAAGGAAUGCGUGGAAGAGCAGUGGCAAAAGCUGAACCUCCAUUGGUGUUGGGGGGCAUUCCUCACUUAAAACGUUCUUUUGUUAUGAAUAAACACUCUAGUAAUGAUGAACCACUUGGUGAGAGAAAAGCUUUAUCUAAAGUAGAAAGUGGAAAUGAAUGUAGUACAAGUAUUCACACAUCAAACGUCUAUGAUGAAAAUAGCAGAAACACAGGCCCAGCGGGAGAUGAGAGAUACACAGGCAGCAAAAAGGAAAAUGUUCAUAACGUUAUGGGAAGUGAAUCUUGGCCUCAGCAUUGCAGCCCUGCCGAUAACACCCAAGCUGCAAAGUACGAACAAAACGCUCCUGGUAGACAUAAUCAGGCACCUGAGGCCAGUUCUCUUGGACUCUCAAGUGAGAGUGUUAAAGGCAGCGUUGUUAGCGAAUCACAAAAUGUUACUAAUUUCAACAAUGAUAAGAAAGCAAAUUAUGGGAGGUCGUGUGAAGGUGAUAGUACUGGUGGUCAGGCACUUGCAGCACCUUCACAGCCAUCUGUCCUUGCUGAUCAUGUAGAGCUAGAGUUGGAGACAGAACGCUACUAUGAUGAGAUAUUAGGAAAAGAUUCUGAAAAGAAGGAGGCAGAGAAGCUGUCGGCAUCACAAGUAGCCAAAAUCACUAUCAGCUACAAAACCGAUGAAGAACAGAAGCAGGUAGAAGUGGAGAGAAUAAAAGAGGCAGAGCAGAGAGAAAAAGAGAGACAGGUUCAGAUAGAUACAGCUUGGUCUGUUUUACACCAAUACUGGCAGUUUGUCAGAGAAAAUCCAUAUGACUUCAAUGGAUGGACAUAUCUCUUGAAUCAUGUUGAAAGUAUGGAUAAUUUGGAAGCUGCACGCUCUGCUUUUGAUGGAUUCUUGCCACUAUAUCCAUAUUGCUUUGCCUAUUGGAAAAAGUUAAGUGACAUGGAGUUGAAGCACAGUGAAAUUAAAAGGUGCCUUGGUAUUCUUCUGAUUGGUACUGAAUGUGUACCAUUUUGUACAGACUUGUGGCUAUCGCUGCUAAAUAACAUGAUCAUGUAUGUGAAGCAGAUGGAUUUGCCUUCUCAUUUGGUACAAGAGGUGUAUGAGUGUGGGUUGGACUGUAUGGGAGGAUCGUGGCACAGUUCAAGUCUCUGGGAUGCUUGUAUAAGUUACGAGCACAAUAAUGGCAACCUUGUGGCUGUCAUGGCCCUCUAUAGAAGGCUGAUACAGACACCAACGAGAUUGUUUAAUAAACACUGGGAUCAUUUUUUAGCUCUGGUACGAGAUCACCACCCACGCAGUCUUCUACCAGUUGAAGAGUACCAGACAUUACGUAAAGAAGCAUGUGAAGAACUUAAAAUCAAGUACACUGCAACAAGCUUAAUGCCCCCCAAAACCAUUCAAAAGACCCCACAACCAGAGGAUAAGCUUACUUCCCGUAUAAAGGAAAAACUUGUUGCCUUAUACAUCAAAACCCAUGAAAAGAACGAAGAGGAAGUGGACAAAAGGUGGAAGCUUGAGGAAAAAAUAAAGCGACCCUAUUUCCACGUGAAGCCCCUUGAUAAAAGACAGAUCAAGAAUUGGAAUGACUACCUAGACUUUGAGAUCAGUGAAGGGGAUCCUCUGCGGAUCAUUCCUCUCUUUGAGCGGUGUUUGGUAUCAUGUGCACUCUAUGAAGACUUUUGGUGUCGCUAUGCUCUCUACAUGGAGAAGCACACACAAAAUGUUUUGAGUGAAAAGGAAGAAGUUUUAGCAAGUGAUAAAAAUGCAGAUAAUGAUGGAAAUAAAAAUGAAGAUGAAAAGGUCACAAAAAAUGCAUUGUCCGAAAGUGUUGAAAGUGAGAAAGAAAUUAAUAGUGCAGAAAAAAGUUGUGAGGCUAACAAAGAGGAAGACAGUUCAGAUGGUGUAAAUAUUGAUAAACAGGUAAAUGAUCAAAGUAUCACUGUUAUAAAUAGUAAAGAUGAUAAUACUGAUACAAUGGUGCGGGGCUCUGAUGUAAAAAAUGACAAAGACUUUCCGAGGGACGUGAAUGUUGAAGUUCGGGAAAACCGUGACUCCACUAUUGGUAAUGAUGCAGUGGAAAAAAACUUAAGGGAACAAAUACCAAUCAUUGAAAUAGAUGAUAGACAAAAUUCAAAUGUAUCAGAUAUUGUGGAGAGUGAAAAUGAAGGACAGAGUGUGGAAAAGACAGAGCCCCCUACCUUAGAGCAACUGAAGAGUGAACUAUGUGCCGAUUUGAACAUUAGUGGACGUGUGUUAAAGUGCCCCCCGCUCACCCCUCAGUGGAUUAAGAGUGGGGUGAGCUGGGAGGACGUAAGACACAUAUACCGCCGUGGUGCGUGGAUUCAUUGUCCCAGUAAAGCAGGCCUCCUCAUGCAAUGGGCAGAGUUCGAGGAGACACAAGGAUGCACCUGAUAGAGUUGGAGCGUAGAGCAGGCUAUUACCAGAGAGUUGAAGAACUGUACGCAGAAGCAUCUCGUGCAUUUACCCAACCACGCCAACGCUCUUGGCUAGCCAUCAAAUAUGCUCGUUUUCUUUUUAAGAUAUUACUGGAGGCCGACAGGGCUUUGGCAGUGUUACGUAAAGCUCUGAAGAAAGACCGAGGCAACGUGCACCUUUAUCAUCAUGUGUUUGACAUAUGUUAUCAACGACAGCCUCUUGACUGUCAGGGAGUGCUGGCUUCUGUCUUGCUGGCACUGGCCUCAAAAGAACUCUCUGUGCAUGACAAACACUGGUUUGCUCACAAGAGAGUCCACUUUCUUAGAGAACAUGGAGAUAUAAAAGAACUGAAGAAAGCACAGCAGGAACUUGCAGAGCUAAAGGAAUUAGCUGAUAAGGAUAAUGUGGCAGUUAAACAAGAGAAAGAGACCAAGCAAGAAAAUGAUGAGUUAAAAAAUGAAACAAUCCAGAAAACUGAAAAUGAAGCAGAAAAUAAAGAGGGUAAAAGUGGUGAAGUUCAAAGCAGCGUUGCAGUGUCAACAGCAGAAUCAUCAGGACCUGAAGCUGCUGCUGCUGCUGCUCAUGUGCUUUCCCUGUCUGCUAAUUUCCAAGAUGCUCAACUCAGCCAGCAGUUUCCUGUCCCAUAUUUUGCUGCUGAUGGAGCCAUUACAUACAACCCGAUGGCAGGCUACGGAUAUGGGCACUCGGAUCCUAAUCAAGCUCUGCCAACGGCCCAGGAGGUAGUUCAAGGUGGCGAACAAGACACGCACCAUCAGACGUCUCGAGAAGAGUAUCAUAAGGUCCCCCCAACCUGGGAAUUUGAAAUUCAGACAGGAGCAUAUGGGUAUGGGAAGUCAGAAGAACACAGAUGGCACCAAGAAGCUGGAUAUCAUCAGUAUAAUGAUCUUGUCUCCAAUGGCUAUCCUCAGCACCUAAAGGAUAAGGAGAUUGAAGAGGUCAAAAUUCCAUUUCCCAUCAAUAUUGACCACUUGCGUCGGCGAACUGGAAAUCAAGAGCCUGCUCACCUACCAGACAUGAGUCAGCCACCUCCAUCAACAUCAGGAGGACUCCUGCCAAUAUCUUCCACUACACCUACAUCACUGGCAUCCAGUUUAGCACCUCAUAAAUUUAACAGGCCUCCACCAUCUUUGGGUUUAGGUCCUCCUGGUUUAUACCCACCCGGUUUUGGACCUCUGCAGAAUCAAAUGGAUGCUCUUACCCCCCGAGAUGGGCUCCUGUUUCCCGUGGACUCACGCCGUUCAGCCUUUGAUAGCCCUCCACUUUUCAACAAACGCAGGCACCUAGAUGAUUACAAUUUGAAAGAUGAACCCCCUUACAAGAUGAGUUGCUUGGAUAAUUUUGAUCUUGGUCAGCAGUAUCGACCUGAGUAUGACAACAAUUAUACAGCUUCUCCGGGCCCUAGUGCUCCGCCCACUCACAGAGCCGACUAUGGGUCAUACGGCACCAACCUAGGCACAUAUUCCCCCUACGCACAAAAAGACGAUGCCCACCUCCGAGAGAAUCAUGAUGAUAGGCGCGAUCUCCCUCUUCGCAGAGAUAGUCCUGAGCUCUCGAGGUUUAAUGAAUCAAAUAGAUAUUCUCUUCGAGAGGCCAACAAUUUCGACCUUCCUCUUCCAAAAGAAGUGGAGAGCAAAGAAGCAGAGAGUUUGUGUGUGAAUGUUCCUGACUGGCUGAUACAGGAUGGCGGAGAGUUGUGCCUAAGUGACACCGAGAGAGGCAUUUCCCUAAUUCGUUACUGGCCAAACUUCAUGACUGAGAAAGGAGAAAAGACAGUUUUCCGCAUUCUGAGAAAGGGUCUCAAGUGGCACCAGCGACGAGCAGUUACUGAUGGACAGUGGCAGAACCUCCCUCACUUAUUGUCUUGGAUUGGCCCCUGUGACUACUCUUACUCUGGCGUUGUUUUAGAGAAGAAUACCAACUGGCUGCCUGAAAUUGUCGAUCUUCUACAUAGACUAAUUCGAUACACCGGUAAUCAGUACAACAGCUGCAUCCUUAAUCUCCAUCGUAAUGGAUAUGACCACGUAGCGUGGAUGGAGGAAAACCACCCAGCGCUUCGUGAUAGCCCCUCCAUUGCUUCUGUAUCACUUGGCACAUCUAGACUGUUUGAAAUGCGUAGAAAAGAUGGACGAGGCUUUUUACGAUUUCCUCUUUACCCCGGGUCUCUGCUCCUGAUGGAAGGAGCCACUCAGGAAGACUGGCAGCAUCAGUUUCCAAAGGAGCCCAAUGUUCCUGGAGAGAGGAUCCACAUGACCUUCCGCAAGCUGUACAUGAUAGAGGGCUUGACAGUGUGAUAGCAUUUGGGCAUUAUGCUCAUUAUAAUUUGAGUUGCAUUUAGUUAGCACAAAUUGAGUCAUUGUUUCAGUAUAAAGUCAUUAAUUUAUAAAAGAUAAACCCUGAAUUGUCAAGUUUAUUUUGUAUUCCUUUUAUGGUUUGUUUAGUCUCGAAACCCCUCAAACCUAUGGCCUUGUGUACAAUUGUCAACAAAAUUUCAAUUUUCUUAAUGCUUUAUACAUUAUUAUACAUAAAUUUAUUAUACAUAAAUACUCUAAAAUUAUUUUUCAUAAAUAAUCUUUGUCUAAUAAACAUCUAAAAUAAAAUUUGAAGCCUUUUCCAAAUAAUGAUAAAUCCAAAUGCUGGUUUAGCUACCUAUCACUCAAUUAGUGCAGUUACCACUUUAACUAAGAAAGCAAUUUGACCUACCUACUAAUAUUGGUUUGUUGUGUUAAAAGUAAUUGAGUGUUGAGUAGAUUUCAAAUCUUCCUUGCAGCAUAAGAACUUUAUUGUAUAGUACAGUAUGCAGACAAUGAGUCCCAAUAACAUGGCUGAAGAGUUGACGCCUAACACACACUCAUCUGAAAAAUGAAGAACUGCCGAAGUAAUUACACAAGUUGAUAAUGGACCAGGAAGGACUGAAAGGUCAUUAGUUCUUCAUUUCCAGAUUUCCAUAUAAAUGAUCUCCCAGAGGGAAUAAGACUUGUGCCUCUCAAUUUUUGCUGAUGAUGCAAAAAUUCUGAGGAUAAAGACAGAGGAAGAUAGUAUGAGGUUACAAGAUGACCUAGACAAACAUAGGGAAUGGACAAGAUGACCUAGACAAACAUAGGGAAUGGACCAAAAUAGUUACUAAAGUUCAUUUCAGUCCAGGAAGGACUGAAAUGUCAUUAGUUCUUCAUUUCCAGAUGUGUGGCUUGGGCAUCAACUAUAGCACAGUACUUUUCAUUUUAAACUUUGGAAUCUUCAAAUUAUAUUUUCUUUCUAUUUUCUUGUAGGAAGAUGAGGAGGUCUUGCACAUGGGAAUUAAUAUAUAAGCUGCAUUAAUUUAACCUUAAAUUGGUAAAAGUCACUGUACAUCUUGAAGAUCUUAAACUAAAAUAUAACACACAUCUAGACACACUCUAGAGGCUUGUAAUAGACCCCCACAAGAAGUGAUGUAUUGCUGAUAUUCCUCAUUCAUAGCUCAAUCUGUAUAAAGACGGUGCAAAUACAAGGGCCUAAAAUUUUCAUAAUGCACUAAUCAAAUAUUGUGCAAUAUUUACUAUUAAAUUUUGAAGGAAUUCUAUUCUCCAUGCCAAUUUGAUUUUGUUUCCUCACUUCACAUAUCUAUUACAACAUACAUUAGAUUUUUUAUUGUACAUUUUCUGUUAUUCUCAUGUCUGUGAACCACUUACUGUACCUACCCAUAUCAGCUACAAUUAGGCCUAUAAUUUAAUAUUAUAUAUACAGGCUUGCUAUCAAAUGAUCUAAGUAAUACCUUAAAUCAGUUGUUAAUCCCUACCAAAUUUAACUGUAUUCAAUAUGAACACAAUCUGCGGUACUACACAUGAGUUCUCUUUCCUAAGAAUUAAUUUUUUAUAAAAAAAUGACAAAUAGAUGUCAUUCUUUAAUGCUUCAAACUAAAUAUCUAAAGCAACAAUUGAAAUACCUGUAUAUAUUUUAUAAUAAUACUGUGUUAUUAGAUUUUUAUAUUAUGUUUAAACCCAUGUUGCAAGUAAUUUUGCAAUUUUAUAUUUAGAUUUGAUUCUAAACUUAAUUAGAAGGGUACAAUAUGAAAAUAUUUAAUAAAAAAUUGUAAUAUCAUUGUAAUUUGGUGCAAAACACUGCAGUCUAUGGAUCAACAACCAUUUUCAUCAUGUCCCAGUUGCUACUAUAAUUCAUGUACAACUUUACGGAAUAAUAAGUUUGUUGAAUAGUUACCCAGUCAUAAUUUGAAAUGGAGGAAGGAGUAAAAACAGGAGAGAGGAGGACAUGAUUGGGUUUGUGCGUGAAGUUACCUACGAUUAGUUACAUACUGAGCUGUGUGCCUGUGAUUUAUGGUGCGUAUGCGUGCGUGUGUGUGUAUUCACCUAGUUGUGCUUGCGGAGGUUGAGUUCUGCUCUUUCAGCCUGCUUCUCAACUGUCAAUCAACUGGUGUACAGGUUCCUGAGCCUAUUGUGCUCUAUCAUAU